AUGUUCCCCCCCGCGUUCGCCCCCGUCGCCUACCAGCUACAGGAAGGUCUUCGCAGCGUCGAUCUCCAGAGUUUCGACCUUAAGAGCUUGGUUGACAAGGCAGACGUCAAGACAGUGGGACUCGUGGCGCUGGUGGCCGUGGCCGUCGUGGUCCUCGUCAACCUCUUCGUCAAGAGUGUCGCGCCCUUCGGCAAAGGCCUGCUGUCCUCCGCCGCCCACGCCUGGGAUAAUGCUGACCAGUGGGGCCUCAACGCCAUCCGCGAUAGUCAGUCCAUGGCGCCCGUGACGAAGGUCCUGGACGCCCUGUCGGAGGCGGCGAAGAAGUGGGACGAGCCAGAGAGCGACGUCAGGCACCGUAGCUUCUGAAGUUCGUGGGAAGGGCGUCCGGCAAGCGGUCCUCUUGUGAGUGAGCCUGAAGGGGUCUGCUUGCUUGGAAGUUAACCUUGAUGUUAUGCAAUACAGAGAUUUAUAUAUUUAUUGUUAAUUUACAUUUCGGGCAUUUUUAUAA